UAGUAACCCAGAAUUGCAUGCCAUUCUAAUUUCUAAACAUGGAGAACAAAACAUGCAGCUCCUUACCUAAAAUAAUGGUUAUUUUUUUAGUUAGUUUCAUUUCAAUAUUUUGUUUAUCUCUAGCAAUCAAUGAGGAUCAAGCAGACACUUACAUUGUUUUCUUGGAGAAACCUGAAGGUGUUGAUUCUUUGCAUUUUACAGAUUUAGAAAAAUGGCAUCAGUCGCUUUUGCCUGUUUCUAAUUCGGCCUCGAUCAAACCAAGAAUCGUGCAUCAUUACCGCAAUGUGGCUACCGGCUUUGCUGCAAAAAUGUCAGCUAAGCAAGCAAAAUCAAUGGAAGAGAAGAAAGGUUCUGUUUCUGUUAUUCUGUCAAAGAUGUUGCCUUUGUAUACUACUCAUACUCCAAGUUUCUUGGGGCUUCAUCAGAAUUCAGGUUUCUGGAAAAAUUCGAGUUACGGAAAAGGGGUGAUUAUUGGGGUUCUUGACACUGGAAUAACACCUGAUCAUCCUUCGUUUAGCGAACAAGGUAUGAUUCCUCCGCCGGCAAAAUGGAAGGGGAAAUGUGAAUUCAACAACAGGACGGUAUGCAAUAAUAAGCUAAUCGGUGCGAGAAAUCUGGUUUCUGCUGGUGAACCUCCAUUGGAUGAUAUAGGCCAUGGGACUCACACAGCCAGUACAGCAGCAGGAAGUCCUGUACAGGGCGCUAGUUAUUAUGGUCAGGUUAACGGAACUGCGAUUGGCAUUGCACCAUUAGCGCAUUUGGCGUUUUACAAGAUUUGUGGAGAUGCAGGUUGUGGCGAGGCUGAGGUAUUGGCCGCAAUGGAUGCUGCAAUUGAGGAUGGUGUUGAUGUGAUUUCACUUUCGCUCGGGGGAGAAUCGGCCCCUUUCUACGCGGAUGUGAUUGCAAUAGGUGCAUAUGGGGCUAUUAAGAACGGGGUUUUUGUCAGCUGUGCAGCUGGAAAUUCCGGGCCUGAUAAUAGCUCUUUAUCAAACGAGGCACCUUGGAUUCUGACAGUAGGAGCCGGAACUGUCGACAGAGCAAUACGAGCAACUGUGUUACUCGGAAACAACUCAAAGCUGAAUGGUCAAUCCCUUUUUCAGCCUAAAGACUUCGUUGCAAAGCAAUUACCUCUUGUUUAUCUAGGCGGGGAUGCAUCAAGGUGUCAGACAGGGUCAUUAAACAAUAGUGAUGUCAAAGGGAAGAUUGUAUUAUGCGACAGAGGACGUGAUAUAGAGAUAAUUGAGAAAGGACAAGAGGUGAAGAAUAAUGGCGGUGCUGCCAUGAUUCUAGUGAACGAUCACGAAAGUGGCUAUGAUACCUCAGCGGAUCUUCAUGUUCUGCCUGCAUCGCAUGUUGACUAUGUCGAUGGUUUAGUCAUCAAGGCCUACUUAAACACCAGUUCAUCACCAGAAGCUACAAUCUUCUUUCAAGGAACUGUGACAGGAUUGCAAGAGGCUCCUCAAGUUGCUACGUUUUCUUCACGAGGCCCUAGCCAGGCGAGUCCUGGGAUCUUAAAGCCUGACAUUAUAGGCCCUGGUGUUAAAAUUCUUGCCGCUUGGCCAGAAUCAACAGAUAAUUCUGACAAAAGGUUUAAUAUGAUAUCAGGAACUUCAAUGUCUUGCCCUCAUCUUACCGGCGUUGCUGCUUUGCUGAAAAGUGCUCAUCCAGAUUGGUCACCGGCUGCCAUAAAAUCCGCCAUUAUGACUACUUCGAGUUUAUCUACCCUUUCGGGAAAUCCCAUUUCUGAUCAACAAUUCGUUGCUGCAACAGUCUUUGAUAUUGGUGCAGGCCAUGUGAAUCCAACGGCUGCAAAUAGUCCAGGGCUCGUAUAUGAUAUCCAACCUGAGGAUUACAUUCCGUAUUUGCGUGGUCUUGGCUAUUCUGAUAGCCAGGUAGGACUUAUUGUGCACCAUACCGCCGAGUUUUCAGAUGAUUCAAGCAGCAGUAUACCUGAAGCUCAGCUGAACUAUCCUUCAUUUUCAAUCAAAAUGGGAUCUGAUCCACAAACAUACACAAGAACCGUCACAAAUGUGGGCGUGGCAGGUUCGAGUUUCAACAAUGAGAUUACUCCACCACAAGGCAUAGAUAUUAGGGUUACACCUGAUAAGCUUGUGUUUAAUGCUGUGAACCAGAAAGCAACAUACUCCGUGACAUUUACGAAAAAUGGGAACGUCACAGGAUCUUUUUCUCAGGGAUAUCUUACUUGGAAGACAAACCUGUAUACUGUUAGAAGCCCGAUUGCUGUCAUUUUUGCUUAGAAUUAAAGAAAUGCUCAAAAUUGCUAGAAUUAAUAAUUGUGUUGAAUGAUCAUAGCUGUCUGAUUUUUUUC